CAAAAGGUUUCGUUGACAUCACACUUUCACGUUGUAAGGAUCUGUUCAGUAACAAGAAAUUAGUAAAAUACCUGAAGGAGAGUUCUUUUGAUGCCGUGUUUCUGGAUCCUUUAGACGUGUGCGGCUUAACUGUUGCCAAGUACUUUUCACUCCCAUCUGUGGUCCUUGGUAGAGGAAAAUUUUGCUCUAUGGUUGAAGAAGGUGCUCAGUGCCCCAGUCCCUUUUCUUUUGUCCCUAAACUUCUCUCCGGCCUCCCAGAUGCCAUGACUUUCAAAGAGAGAGUAUGGAACUAUCUCUCUUUCUUGGAUGAGCAGUUAUUUUGCUCCCAGUUUUACAAGAAAGCCACUGAGAUCGCCUCUGAAGUUCUCAAAACCCCAGUGACCAUGUAUGAUCUCUUCAGCCAAGUGUCCGUUUGGUUGUUACGCUCUGACUUUGUGUUGGAGUUUCCCAGACCUCUGAUGCCCAACAUGGUCUUCAUUGGUGGCAUCAACUGCCACCAGGGAAAGCCACUUUCCAAGGAACUGAUUUUAAGUCAUGAACAAUGUGACAGUAAGAUCGAUGGUGAAUGGGAGUUGCAGCUUUCCGGUGCCCUUUCUGUCUUUCCUCUGUCUUCAGAUGUCAUCCAACAUUAAAGCUAUAUUAAUA